AUGAGCAAUGCAGAGCUGCGCACGCAAGAUGUGGUCAAGGUGCUGACUAACGAGCACAUCAAGCGACAAGGCGAGAAGAUGACAACGGCAACGACAACGGUGAAGACUGAAGAUGCGACAAAGGCAUUCAGUACCGAGCGCAAGCCCUACCAAUGCACAUACUGCGGCAAGGUGGGGCACACGGCAGAGCGUUGCUGGACGAAGCAAAAGGAUGAAAGUCGAGGAGCCCAACGCGGCGGCAAUGGUCGUCGACGCGGGUCAAACAAUGUCCACUGGCGACAUUAUGAUGAAGGCAACAGCUACGAUCGAGUGGCGUUUGCAGUUUCGUUCGAAUGCGGAGUUUCGACGAACAAGAAUGGACCAGGAAUGUGGGCCGUUGACAGCGGGGCAACACAUCACAUCUGCCACGACAAGUUCAAGUUUGCAAGCUUGGUCGAAGGCAAUGAUGGCGAUAUCCUGGUGGCUGAUGGCAACAAGGCGACCAUCAAAGGUGUGGGGACCAUCGUGGAAAAGGUGAUUCUGCCAAACGGGGAAGAGCGCGAGAUCGAGAUCAAGAACGCGCUCUAUGUGCCCAGCAUGAGCAAAAAUCUGCUCUCGGUGCCGCAGAUUAACAAGCACGGCAACUUCCAAGUGGUGUUUGACGGGGAUACGAUGUACGUCGCUCGCAAGGAUUCCAAUCAAGUGGUGGCAGCUGCGGAUCUUGUAGACGGACUCUACUGGCUUCGCACGACGCAGCGAUCGGCCAAUGCGACAUGUUGA